CAGCUGUUAUAAUACAAAGUGUAUAUUUUGUUAAUUUAUUACAUGUUCUGUAAUUUUUUUGCCUUUAUUUAACGUAUUAACCGUUGUUAAUAAAUUGUUAUUGAAAAACAGGUAAGUCAAUUACAUUAAAAUUGCUUAACAUAACCAAAGAAAAAUAUUUUUAUAUUUUUGAGAGACAAUAUUGAUAAUAUGGACAAUAUAAACAAUUUGGAAAACCAACCCUUUGUCCUAAAAAACAAAUCUGGCCAAUAUAUUGGACGAGGUCAAAGAACAAUACUUUUUAAUAUAAUAAAAAAACAUAUCGAUGAAGGAAAAUCAAAAAGUGCCAGUGUAAUAUUAACAUCUGAAGAAACUGGUAUUUCAAAAAGUACCAUUUGGUCCACCAUCAAACAAAUGGAACAUGACGGAAAGGCUCCAUCCCCAUUAAAGAAAAGAAAGCGGGCAAGUCAAUAUGACAAAUUGAGUGAGGAACAAAAGAAGCGCCUAAGAAAAGUUGUUCAUAACUUAUAAAUAAUGAAAUACCAAAUUGAAGUAAAAUUUAUCAAUCCGUAAAGGAUGAUGAAAACUUACCACCAAUUUCUCUGACAAAUUUAUGGAGAGUUUUAAAAAAACUUGGCUUCAAGUAUGA